AUGGGCGCACAACUCGGCUAUGGCGAAUUAAUACGGAAGCAGUUCACGCCCACCAAGCUGUUCUUUCACUUCCUCUUCUGGACCUUUCACUGGGGCAUCUUUGCCUAUGGAUGGUGGAAGCAGUAUGCUGAUGCCCGACUUGCGGGUCUCAACACACUCAAGUUCUCAGUCUGGAUCUCCCGUGGCGCCGGUCUCGUUCUGAGCGUCGACUGCAUGUUGAUCCUUCUCCCGGUCUGCAGAACUAUUAUGCGAUGGGUUCGACCCAAGAUUCGAUUCAUCCCUCUCGACGAGAACCUGUGGAUGCAUCGCCAGCUCGCAUACUCCAUCCUCCUCUUCACCACCCUCCACACCGGCGCUCACUAUGUCAACUUCUACAACGUCGAAUUGACCCAGAUCCGACCCGUUACCGCCCUUCAGAUUCACUAUGCCCAGGCUGGUGGCAUCACCGGUCAUGUCAUGCUUCUCUGCAUGCUUCUCAUGUACACGACCGCCCACGCCCGUAUUCGUCAACAAUCCUUUGAGACUUUCUGGUACACUCACCAUCUUUUUAUCCCGUUUUUCCUUGGUCUCUACACUCAUACCGUGGGAUGCUUCGUGCGAGAUACUCCCGAGGCCAUCUCUCCUUUUGCUGGCGAUGAGUUCUGGGCCCACUGCAUCGGUUACCUGGGAUGGCGAUGGGAGCUCUGGACCGGCGGUUUCUACCUGAUCGAGCGUCUCUGGCGCGAGGUCCGAGCCCGCCGUGAGACCAAGAUCACUCGAGUCGUCCGACACCCCUACGAUGUGGUUGAGAUUCAGUUCCACAAGCCUUCGUUCAAGUACAAGGCCGGCCAGUGGCUCUUCAUCCAGGUUCCUUCUCUCUCCAAGUAUCAGUGGCACCCGUUCACCAUCACUUCGUGCCCCUUCGACCCCUAUGUGUCGAUUCACGUCCGUCAGGUUGGAGACUUUACCCGCGAAUUGGGUGAUGCUCUUGGUGCUGGUGCUGCUCAGGCCAAGCUCUACGAUGAUGUCGACCCGAUGGGCAUGUACGAGGUCGCUCUUCAGAACGGCGACCAGAUGCCCGCUCUCCGUGUCGAUGGACCCUACGGUGCGCCCGCUGAGGACGUCUUUGAGAACGAAAUCGCCGUCCUCAUCGGUACUGGUAUUGGUGUCACCCCCUGGGCGGCUAUCCUCAAGAACAUCUGGCACCUGCGCAACUCUCCCAACCCUCCCCGCCGUCUCCGCCGAGUCGAGUUCAUCUGGGUUUGCAAGGAUACUGGCUCUUUCGAGUGGUUCCAGACUCUUCUGUCUUCGCUCGAGGAGCAGUCAACUGAGGCCGCCCGCGUUCCCGGCAGCACAGGCGUCGAGUUCCUCAAGAUCCACACCUACCUCACCCAGAAGCUCGAUAUCGAUACAGCCCAGAACAUUGUGCUCAACAGUGUUGGCGCCCAGACGGAUCCCCUGACGGAGCUGCAGUCACGCACCAACUUUGGCCGACCCGACUUUAAGCGCCUCUUUGCCACCAUGCGUAACGGCAUCCUGGACCGGACGUAUAUCAACGGCCUUGAGAGUCACAUGCGGACGACUGUUGGUGUUUACUUCUGCGGUCCUUCUUCAGCAGCUCGUGAUAUCAAGACUGCUUGCAAGUCUGCUACGGUCAAGGACGUCGAGUUCCGUUUCUGGAAGGAGCACUUUUAA